GCCAAACGAAUGGAUGGUUUGCAAUUCACAUUUGUGACCAAUAAUAAAUAUCUACUUAUACUUUCAUUAAUGAGAAAGUUGUGUUAUAAAUUAUAAAAGAAAAUACAACAAACAGAAAUUUCUACAACUUCGUUUUCUAAAGAUUUUUAUCGAAAAUACUAGGGUAUUUUUAAAGGCGAAAUAGCCGUGAAGCCAUCGAGGACUUGACAAGUUUUGCUACUUUUAGUGAAAUUUAUUUUCAAAAUGGCAGCUACGAAAAGAUUGCAAAAGGAACUUGGUGAUUUAAGAGCUUCGGCAAUGAAAAAUUUUACAAAUAUUCAAGUAGACGAGUCAAAUAUUCUUACUUGGCAAGGCCUUAUAUUGCCGGUAUGUUGCAGUGUAUCGUUCAGUUUUACCGAUGAUAAUCCGCCAUAUAAUAAGGGAGCGUUUCGCAUUGAAAUAAAUUUCCCUGCAGAAUAUCCUUUUAAACCUCCAAAGAUAAACUUUAAAACUAAAAUAUAUCAUCCGAAUGUUGAUGAAAAAGGACAGGUAUGCUUGCCGAUUAUUAGUGCUGAAAAUUGGAAACCAGCUACGAAAACGGAUCAAGUCGUACAAGCUUUAAUAGCGUUAGUGAAUGAUCCAGAACCAGAGCAUCCAUUAAGGGCAGACCUUGCUGAAGAGUUUUUGAAGGAUAGAAAAAAAUUUUUAAAAAAUGCUGAAGAGUUCACAAAGAAGCAUGCAGAAAAGAGGAGGGAGUCAUCAUCGUCUAACGAAUAACCAUGGGUGACCAAUUCUUUUCACCGAGAUGCCUGCCACCGGUCAGAUAAUUUAAUUGAAGCCAGCAUAGACUUAACUGUUACAUGAAAAACAAGUUGAGAUACAUGUGUACAGUAUUGGUUAAUUACCGACAAUGAUAUAAAUAUGUGCAAAUUGUAAUGUUUAUAAAGCGGAUGAACAGAUUUUUCAGAACAAAGUAAAAUAUAAUAAACUAAUUGUAUGAUAUUGUAUACAAUUUGUAUUUUGAAGCUAUGUGAUUACGAUCCAUACAAUUCAAAAAGGUGUCAUCUAUUCUUUUUGUGUUACAGCAAAACAGUUAUAAUUGUAAGUAAGCGUAACUUAUUAAAGUAACGCAUUUACUUCCAGCGUUGUGGAUGCAUUAUCAUAAUGUUAAUUUUUUGAAGGAGUUCUAGACGAAUUUUUAUGCGUAUCAUUUAAGCCCAUAAACGAAUAUAAAUGUACAUAAGUUUAUGUAAUUACUAAAAAACAAUACUAAUAUCCUU